GAUCUGUGUCCCAGACCUUGGAGCAAAAUUUUGGCCCUAAAAUUCUAGAUAUAAUAUAUAAAAUGUAUAUGUACGGGGCGCACAUAACACGCGAUCAUGUUCACGGUCACAUCGGAAAUCUACAGUGAAACCAAUUACCAGCCGACGAAGACGGAAGAUGGCCACAAAGUGGUCUCCAAGUUCCGUUUCCGGUAUCCCGACGAGAAGCUGGAGCGGAUUGGGCGCACCACCGCCGAUAAGGAUGGCGAUCUGGACGUGCCACGGCCGCGUCGGGGCGUCAUAGAACUUGAACAUUCCGAGGCCACGGAGCUAAAGCUGGUGGGACUGCAGGUGUGGCGCGGAGCGUUGCUCCUGGCAGACUACUUGUUUUCGCAGCGGGAGCAGCUGGCCAACCAGACCAUAAUGGAGCUGGGCGCCGGCGUGGGACUGACCAGCAUAGCAGCGGCCAUCCACAGCGGUGGACAGGUUUACUGCACGGACGUGGAUCUGGGCUGCAUCCUGAAGCUUAUCCGUGGAAACGUGCAGCGGAAUGCAGGCCUGCUGAGGGGCCAGGUGUCGGUCCUGGAGUUCAACUUUCUGAUACCCCGAGAAGAGCAGGCGCCAGAGCUCCUGUCCGCCAUCGAUGCCAGCGAUGUGAUUCUGGCUGCGGAUGUGAUCUACGAUGACACCCUCACCGACGCCUUCGUGACCGUUGUCGAUCAGAUCCUGGCCAGAGGACGACCGACUGGCAGGCCCAAGACGAUUUACAUGGCCCUCGAGAAGCGCGUUGUGUUCACCUUCGAGGACUGCGACUCGGUGGCACCCAUGUACGAGUAUUUCCUCAAGCAAACAGCCCACAAACCGUGGCAACUGGAGCACCUGCCCCUGGACUUUCCCCAGUAUUUUGACUACGAUCGCUGCCGUCAGCUCAUUCUGAUGAGGAUCACCAGCCGGUAGCCGCUAGCCGCUGGGGCACCCCACCGGCUGUUCCCUGCCAUUCAUGAAUAAACGUAACCGAAACCAAUCCCCCCCACACAGA